GACGAGUCAAGUGGAAGCAAUGAGUGCGGGUACACGAGUAUUUAAGGACACGCAAAGAUGAAUUAACAAGAAGAUAACAAGGGAGCGCGACGGAUACCGUAAGGUACGUUGAGAUCUGCGAUUCCCUUGCAAAGUUCACUCGAGUCACGUGCCCUCAGAAAAUUGCUCAUUUCAAAUUCGUUGAGCAGUCAACAAAAUUGGACAUGAAUCAUACCAUUCUUAAUGCAAUUCACAUUGGAGGGAGCUGUGAGGCCGGAGUUAGACAGCAUGAUUUUGCACUGUGAAGAGUGAGUCAGAUAGGUGUAGCCAACAAUGUGGUGCAGCAGCAGGUGAGCUCAGUCGAGAAGGGUGCAUUCGCUGCGAUAUGCAUGGAGAGGGGAGGCAAAGAAGGUGACCAUGGGCGAGAGGAUACUGAGGAGGGCACAGAAGAGUACGUACCCGCUGAAAAUGGAGGGCAAGGAAUGCCGUGCAAACAGACAUUUCCUGUUGCUAGCACAAAUCAUAAGGAUGCAGUAAGGAUGAACGUUGACAAGGAAACAAAAGACAAUGAUGAUGUAGCCAUGGCAUCGAGAGUUUGGGGAUGCCGAGCAGACGAGACUGAACAGCCAACCGUCGAUGACAAGAUGGUUGACAUCGAAAUUGAUUAUGACAAAGUCAAAGUAACAACCGAGAGAAAGAAUCUCACCACAGCGAGGUUUUUUGGAAAUCGUCACCGCAAAAAAGAAAAAGGGGCGAAUACUGAGAACAGUCGGAGGAAAGGGGCGAUGAAGAAAAGACCUCAGAGGCAGGAGGAACAAAUGAAUAAACCCUCAAAAAUAGUUGCCUGUAUCUUUGCCUGUUGUUGUGUGCAGCCUUCCGAGUAAUUUCUUUCUUUGGGGGAAAAUCUUGCGCUUUUUGAAUACAAAACUAGUCACUGGCAUCCACGCUUCUAAAUAAGGCAUUUUCAACAUUAAAGUACUACAACUGUAGUGUGGAGCGUGAGCGUAAAUCCCCGGGAUGGGGGCAUAUCGCCCACUUUUUGACCAGAGGUUGGUUUAUUGAACAAUUAUUUUCUUGGCGGGAAAAAUAAAGAGAAUUUUGAAGAAUUUCUACCACUCCCAACGACCAAAAAGUAUUCAAUAUCAAUCAGAAAUGGAGAACAGUGUAAAAGCCAUAAAUAUACGUAUGCCGUUCUUAUGUAAAAUUCUACAUCAGUUUAGUAAAUACAAGUAUUACAAAUGUAAAUCUGUAUUAUGAACAUCGCCCCUUUGUGUCAGCAUUUUCGCCUUUCAAUUUCUAUGGCAAGGCAAGUCUUCCCCGACGAUUCUCCAUUCCCUGUUUUCCGGCACAGAUUUACGCCACCGGUGGGGAGACAAGAAAGUCUCAAGUGUGAAUGGUUUAGUAGACCAAUCAUUCUUAUCUAUAGAUAAAUUACGUGAUUUUCUCUAGUGAUCGAAUCUUUGGACGGCCAAAAUCAUUAAUUUAUAAAUACUGUACUUCAUUCAUAUACGUGACGAAAAGCCGAAUUCUCAUUGGUCCAUUCACCAUUACGUGUCAGUUCGUAGUUUUUUCCUGUUCAGUGGGAACACACGUGAGAAUCCCGUGCAAAUCAACUCUGUUGGUACGGUGUACUAGGGCCAAACAAUUCAAGAUGGAACUGUAGCACGGUGAAGAACGCGCGCGGAAGCACAGCCACAGCAGCGCCUAUAUGCAAACAACAUGAUGAACAGACGUCGGCACUUGAACUUUUAGUGGUAACUGAAUAUGUCUGAGGUACGUUAACAGAAGUUUUCAUCUCAAGAACUAGCUUGUCAACUUCCAAAUACCAAGGGGGAUAAAAUCGACUCUCCACCCUCAAACCAUGUAAUAUUUCUAUAAUAUUUGUAUUUAUAACUCCUAACUCCAAAUGCAGCUGUCUGUAAAUAUAAUGUUUUGUUUCUUUUGAAGGAUAGGCUUAUGGAAUAAAAUUGAAUUCGUUUCUUGCCAAUUACAUUCCAAGUUAAUAUUUCAAUUCAUUGAGUCUUUCACAAGUAGCACAGUUGGGGAAGAAGGAAAU